UGAAGUCUGAAGCUGAUGUGUUACUUUGUCUUGUGCCCUCCUCCCCUAUGCUGCCAUUCCAUCCCUGCUAGCUACACGACAUUCCUCCUGUUUGUCUGAAAGCCAGGAAUACUGGAACACCACAGUGGAUAUCUAUGGAGUUUCUUGGAGCGACACUGUUGCCUGCAUUGCUUACUCUGAAUUGGGCCUUUGCUUCAGGUGUUGCUGCCAGCACGUGCAGUAGCUUCAGGCAUCUUGAGAAUGGCCGCACGUUUUUCCGUUAUGGCGGACUGUACGUCACUUUCAGCUGUAACCCAGGCUUCAGGAUGCACGGACACCACACCAGCAGCUGUGUGUCUGGCCAGUGGGCUAGACAUCCACCACUGUGCGCAGCUCCAGGAUGCCCUAGUCCCGGCAAGCUCCUGCAUGGCACCACAUUGAUGUCUCUUGAUGGUUCUCUGGUCCAAUUCACUUGCAACACUGGGUUUAGGCUCUUCGGUUCUCCAUUGCUCUACUGCAAAGGCAAGAGCUGGAAUGGCAGCACUCCUGUGUGUAAAGAGUUAGACUUCAUGAACAUGUUCCUGCAGAAGCAAACAUCAUUGUACAAACCUAGUAUGGAGUUCAACCAAGACGUGACCAACCUGAAAAACCCAUUCAGUGCUAUUGCUAUCACAGCUGCCAAAGAGACCUUUCUAAAAUCCUCUCUGCUUGGAGAUCCUCAGCCCAACCCCCAGUUGACUGGAGAUUUGUCUGAGGAUUCACAGACACAUCCAAACCCUCCAAAAAGACUGCUGCGUUAUCAAGUCGCUACACAAGCUCCAGUAGAGACUGUGGGACUCGAAGACACAAUUACUAAACGAAAUACCAUGGGGGAACUUACGUUUGCAGAUCCACUCAACCAACCACUACAGCCAGCUACAUUAGUGAACUCUGCAACAGUCUCAACCACCACUCCGCUUCCUGCUACUUUGCAAUCAAAACCCACUCGGUCAACCAUCGCGGCCACUUCAACACUAAAUGAUCAGCAAGAAGUGUCAUCCAGAUUCCUAGAUCAGAUGCUUUCUUCUACACCCAAAGGAGAAGAGAAGAGAGGAAACUACCUGACUUCAACAGCACCGAUGCAUCAUGAAAUUCCAAUCACACCUUCGCAAGUCCUUGGUGUAUCAAGGGGAGCUAAUUUGAAUAUGAUUCUAGCAACAGCUGAUUCAAGUGCAGCCAAAACACACACAAACAGUCUUCAGAAUGGUGCCUCUCGAGAUGCUCCUACAGUGUCUUCAGAAAUCCUUAAGAAUAGUGAAUUAUCAAGUAGCCUUCGGAUCCUAGUCGAAGCUUCUUCUGAUGAAGAUAUUUCACAGUCAUUACAGGUAACCGAGGAAGUGAGCACUGCUUUCUUUCCAACCAGCUCUCUUGACCUCACAGUAUCUAAAAACAAGCCAAAAUCUUUUCCAACAUCUUUUAAGGCUAGAUCCCCAGUAUUCAUUCCUUCUGGGAUGCAUGAGGGAGAAUUGUUCCUCUGGCGUACUACAGCAGCCAGGGCUGGUGAAGAUUUUCCGCCCAGGACGGAAGUGCCAACAGCACAUACCCCUGCCAUACACUUGACUCCAGUUGUUGCUAGAGAUCUGGCAAAGGGGAGCACGAUGGUAGAUAAGGAACUUCUAGAGCCUCGUCGACUUUCGGUUGGUCAGACGGGCGGAGAACUAUAUGAUAUUUCAAGAUCAGGCAAAAAUGGGCCUGCCAGCUCUAGAUUUUUGACUCUUAGAAACAGACCACCGGUGAUCGGUAAUCAUGAUCAGGAAAAUGCAACAGCUAAGCAGAGUGUGGCGAACCAAACACCGGACACUAUCGCAAAACACAAAGUCGCUCAAACCACUUCAGCAAUUUCAGGUUUCCCAGUGUUCCACGGCAGCAAACGAAGGCCGGUCUGUCCUUACCCUCCCUUACCUGCUCAUGGAACGUUCUAUUUCCAUACGAUCUCCAACCCUGCUCCAUUCCAAUAUAAGCAUUACAUACAAUAUGCCUGCUAUGCUGGUUACACGCUGGCCAAUGGGGAUGUGUACAGCUACUGUCUACAGGACGGGCAGUGGAGCGGUGUCACACCCAUGUGUAUUGGGUUAACCCCAUGCUCUCCGAGCAACGGUGGCUGCUCUCAAGUGUGCCAGGUGAAUGCGUACGAUCACGCCGAGUGUCGCUGCGAGCCCGGCUUCCUGCUGCUGACUGACCAAAGGACAUGUCGAGAUCUGGACGAGUGUGUGGAGGGUCUGCACGAGUGCCAGCAGGUCUGUGAAAACACCUUUGGCUCAUACAGGUGCAGCUGCAGACUCGGUUUCCAACUUUCAUCCGACAGGAUAUCCUGCACCGAUGUGAAUGAGUGUGUGCUGCCUGCUGGCACGGCUCGCUGUGUGUUUGGUUGCGUUAACACACCGGGUAGCUUUCGCUGUCUCUGUCCUGCGGGGUACAGCAUGAACAUCACACACGGACACUGCGAAGAUCUCGACGAAUGCAGAGAGAAUGCGGGUCUCGGACCAUGUGCGAACGCAUGCGUGAACACUCCAGGGUCUUUCCACUGCGCGUGUUCGGACGGGUCUCGGCUAGCCGGGGACGGGAGGACCUGCAUCUCAGAGUGUCCCCCAGGAUACCGCAGAAAACCUUCUGACCCGACCGUAGGAGAUUUAACUGCACUGCCUUGCGUCGAUAUUAAUGAGUGUGAGGAGAUGCAACAGCACCGGCAGCGCAACUGUGAAUGGAAGUGUGUUAACUUUCCAGGCACACACCGCUGCAUCUGUCCACGUGGAUACACCCGGCAUCCAAAUGGGUAUCAGUGCAAGGAUUUCAAUGAAUGUACACUGAGGAAUGGGGGCUGCUCUCACACAUGCGUGAACCACAGAGGUGGCUACAAAUGCACCUGUCCCAAAAAUUACCGUAUCUCGCCUCACAGCCGGAAGAAGUGCCAGCCAGUUUAAAGAACCGUCUCUGUACAGUACUGUUCCACUCUUUACUCCCUCACCCACCUUCUCAUAGAAGUUGUGAUGUAUUUUGAAGAUUUUUUUGUUUUUUAUUUAAUUAUUUCAUUCUACUAAGACAACUCCAUUGUGUCCUUUCAUUUUGUGCACAUUGGCAGGAAAUGGAUUCUCAUUUAUGUUUUUAAACAGUGUGAAAUGUUUCUGUAAAGACCAGUACCUGUAUUGGCAUCUGUUUGAGGUUGUGGUGCAAUUGGUUGUUGGUGGUAUUUAUAAUAAUGGGAGGGAAUUAGUGGUUUUGGGGGGAAUUCAGCUGUGAGGGCAUUUAGAUAUGGGGGUAUUUGCAGUUGUGGGGGAAUUCAACAAUGGAAGCAUUUAGCUUGUGAGAGGGUAUUGUGGUUGUGUAUGCCUAAUAUGAUCUUUGAGUGUAGAUACAAGUUUGUAUAUGAUUGUGGCUGGUUUGUAGCGUGAUACCCAUGCGCACAACCGACUCGGGGGAAUGUUCUGAGGGAUUUUUAUUUUUCUUCACUGUGACCCAAGAGAUCUGAGGAAGGUUUUAUUAUUAUUCUGCACUAUUAUUCGCUGUGCAGGUCCACACCAGUAUCCCUGAAGUGAGCACUUGGCAAAGUGAGUCCAGUAGGUUUAGGGUGUACAGGUGCAUCUCCAAAAAUUUGAAUAUUAUGGAAGUCUUUUUUUUUUUUUUCUUCUUCCGUAAAUUAAUUAAAAAAUGUGAAACUUUCAUGUAUUCUAGAUUUAUUACGCAUAAAGUGAAAUAAUUCGAGCCUUUUUAUGUUUUAAUCUCGAUGAUUACGGCUUACAGCUCACGGAAAUCAAACGUCGAGUAUCUCAAAAUAGAUAUGCACCUGUAAUUGCUUUAAAUACCUCAGAUACUAGGUACAUUAUAUGUUCCCUCUACCAAAGGACUUGAUCUAGGGGGAAAAAGUGGAAUGUUUUAGACUGGCCAAGUCAAAUCACCAGACCUCAAGCCAAAUGCGCAUGCAUUUCACCCACCCUUAUAGCAUGAAGAGCAGACUGAAGGGAGAAACCCCCCCCAAAACAAACAACUGAGCUGUGGUACAAGCAUGGAGAAGCAUCACAAAGGAAGAAUCGAACAGUUUGGUGAUGUCAGUAGCUCGCAGGCUUGAUGCAGUUGUCACAAGUAACGAGUAUGCAACCAAAUAUUAAGUGUUUUUGACUUUUCUCUAUUAAUAUUCGUUAUACUUUUGCGUCUGCCGCCAAAGGUGCCGUGUUCGAAGUUGUUCAACACAUCUAGAUGUACAUAUUAGUAAAUGAAAGCUGAAAUUCCCAUCCAUCAUCCUUUUGAUCUCAAACCCAAAUGUCUUCAUCGUAUAGCAAAAACAAGAGAAUUGGCCUUGCUGUUCCAAUACUUUCAGAUGGGAAAUGUGGCCCAUUUCUAUUGACCACUGGAAAUAUAAAAUGAACAGACCGCAACAAGUGAUCUCAGUAGAGCAGCUGCAUGGGGACAUGGUUCAAACAGAGAGUGUGAAGACAUCCCAGCAGGUCAUACUGGAAAGUGAGGACGCCCGACUCGCUCAGAAAACACUAUCGGUGACUUGAGCGGGGAAUUUCCUGCUAAUGUACAUCGCUGGGCAGUCCUUACCUCCUAGCACCUAACACAAAACAGCCCUGAACCCUCUGUCCAACUACCUAGGUCUACAGUACAACGGAGAAAGACAAAUUAGGUAAGUGAAGCAAUUGCUGCCAUCUUUGAGUAUGCCCAAGACCCAAAAUGGUUUACUGCGUGAUGUACCGCCAUCUGUCCUGCUGCACACUGAUAGGUUCUCUGUGAGCCUGGCUCAUCUCAAGGACUUCACAGCCAAUUUUUAUUGGCAAAUACCGAAGUCGUUCUAAAUAUACCGUGGCACUGGCUGAGAGAAACCAAAUCCGUUCAUUUUCUCGGACACCGAAUUCGACCGGAUAGAAUGUAAUGUAGGAUCACUUUUAGGAGAUUGUCUGUCUCUUGCGUUGUUACAGUAUUACUUGGUGUGUAUUACUUACCAUGUGUCUGUCUGAACUCCCUCGAGAGUCACCAUGUGACCUCGAAGGGCCCUUGCCACUUGGUAAGUAAAUUGAGCUGGAGGUCAAGGACCUCAUCUCCCUGUACAAACGGUCUCGGUUAUUGUCGGGCGGUCGUUUCCGAUCCUGGACUUGCAGAAAAUACCAGGUGUUCU